AUGGAACAGGUCCAUGGCGUCGACUCUUCUCCCGUGGCCACAGUACAGCCGCGAAGCAUACCCAACGAUUCUCCCCUCAAGCUGAGCCCUCAAACAACCGCUGAAAGCACCGAGGCCAAGAGCGAGACCAGCGGGAAGCCGGUCAGCCAGACACAGCCAAUUCCAGUCAAUGGCACAAGCGGCGCCCGCCGUCUCUCGAGGUCGGGCUCCCUCGACAAGCAGAACAGCGUGACACCACCUCACCGUCGCAACUCGUGGUUCUCCAACAUCUCCGCCAAGUUCUCGGGCGCAGUCCCUCAGGCGAACGGUCAGGCCCCGCAGACGGGCAAUCAGCAGCAUGCGCCUUCACAACAGCAGCAGCCGUCGGCCCCAACAAAUUCAGAACCCAUUGUGCCCAAGAUUACGCCGACCAAGAAUGCCGUUCUGCAGCAUGGCCUAAAGCCAGAGGGUGACGAGCCAUACACGCCGGCCCCGCCGAGAUCGGGCCAGCCUGGAAUUCUCGGCGUUUUUCGGCGCCUUUCCUCCUCAGGCGGUGGAAGCAGUCCUCUGGGCGCUGCCGGUAAAUUCAAUCACGGACUGGUCGAGCGCCGAAUACUGAACGUCGACCGGGAUCGAGAGAGGUGUCCAAUCGCAGAGCUCAAGGAUAACAAGCUGAGGCGGGUGUCCUUCUUCGUUGACGUCGAGGUGGCACCUAUGCCAAAGUAUGCAGAAACAGAGGCAGAUACCGAUUCCAUCGACCACACUCAGAAGAAGAAAUUGAGCGAGAAGGGCGAGGGCGAGGCAUUGAAACACCCCAAGGUAGCCGAAGCCCAAAAGGAGGCUUGUACGUCCUCGAACGAAAGUGUGAGCCCCGGUACCGCAGAGGCCAAACCGCGCGAGGCCGAGAGCAAGCCGGCCGCUCCGACACAGAAUGGCACAAAGCCAGCGGACGGUUCGGAAGAAGCCAAACCGAAGGACAUGACGAGAAAGAAGGAGAAGAAGAAGAGGAGUGAAGAGGAACGCAAAGCCAGGAAAGAAAAGAGGCGGCGGCUCGCCGAAGAGAGCGGAGCGAUUCCCAUAGAGAUUCACUAUGACAGCAGCGACUCGGCCGAGCUGCGCGGAAUUUCUUCCAAGACGACUUCACCCACAAUCAACCCGGUCAGGAUCUACCGAAGAUGCUGCCAGCUUCGCGAGACCCCCAUUCUCAAGAAGAUUACGGAGCAGCUGAGCGACACGGCCAACAUUCUACCCAAUGGCUGCGUGAACAAGAUCGACUUGACGGGCUACUUCAUGCAGCUGCAGGAUCUCAUCACCCUGGGAGACUACCUUGCCAUCGUGUCCGUGAAGGAGGUCAUUCUGCAAAACAGCGGGCUUACUGACGAAGGUGUCCGAGUUAUUCUUGCUGGUCUCCUGGCAGCGAAGAACACAGAGCCGUGGAAGCGCAGGAAUUCCAAUGCUUCGCAUGAGUCGGGCGGAGUGGUGGAGAGGGUCGUGCUGAAGGAAAACAAGCUGGGGCCGGACGGCUGGAAGCACAUUGCGCUCUUCAUCUACAAGUGCCGGUCGCUCAAGUACCUGGAUCUCUCCAGCAUCCCGUUCCCCCGCCAGCCUCCCGCCAACGCCAACGGCGCGCUUCGAAAUGGCGUCCACAUUCCCCUCACCAUUGCCGAGAUCUUCGCCAGGGCGCUCGCCGACCGACCAGCCGGAUCCGCGCUGGAAAUGCUCAGCAUCGGCGAAACCGAACCCAGCAUGGAGCAGCUGGGCAAGAUUAUGGACGGGGUGAUCAAGUGCGGCGUGAAGCGUCUCAGUACUGCCCGAAACCCCCUCGACAACGAUGGCGUUCAGCACGUGGUGAGGUAUCUGGAGUCUGGCAAUUGCGAAGGGCUGGAUCUGGGCGGCAUCGAUCUCAGGGAGCACAUGGACACCAUUGCAGGGUCCAUCAGGGAGACCGAUCCGUUGUGGGCGCUGAGCAUCUCCGACUGCAACCUGACGCCUUCGUCUCUGCGCAACAUACUGCCUGUUCUGGCCAAGCUGAAGAAUUUUGUCUUUAUCGACCUGUCACACAACCAUGAUCUCUUCCAAUCAACGCCGAGCGCUGUUGGUUUACUGAGAAGAUACAUUCCCAAGAUGCAAUGCCUCAAACGGCUACAUCUAUCGGAUGUCGAUAUGACAGCUGAGCAAGCGAUUGCCAUAGUCGAAGUCGUGCCCGAAGCCCGCCAUCUCUGCCACCUGAGUCUGCUGGGAAACAAAGAGAUCGUGGCCCUUGCGAGCGCCAAGACGGAGGAGGCUCAGGAAGAAGCCUGCGCUCUGUAUGCGUCGCUGAUGGCUGCGACUAGGCUGUCCAAGAGCUUGAUCUGUGUGGACAUUGAGGUUCCCAGCGAAGACGCCGGCGAAAUCGUCAAGGCAAUGGCAAAACAGGUUGUGGCUUACUGCCUGCAGAACAUUGAGCACCUCCAUGACUUUGAGAUCAACAAGGCUGUGGCCACAGCGCUAGCCGAGGCUAAAGGAGAGUCUAUGGACGGCAAGACACCGUCCUAUCCCGAUGUGCUGGCGCACCUCGUCGGCCACGACGUCCUUGAUCAGGAUGAUCUGGAGGAAGACGACUCUGGGCCAGACGAGGACUACGUCAUUGGCGGUACCGGCGUGGUCAAGGCGCUUGCGUGCUGCCUGAAGAACCGCGGUGACGAAUCCCGCCGGGCUUCUGGUGAGUUCUUCCGGGCGGGCAGCGUCGAGGAAGAGCCUCUGGUUGGCCCCAAGAUUCCGACCGGCGGCAAGGCCAAGGACCUGUCGAAGCACUUGCUGGCUGGCGCACGGAAGAUCCGACUCCGCCUCCAGCCGGCUCUGAACAAGGCGAGAGCGAACCCGAGCGACGAGAACCUGCGAAAGCUCAACUUCUUGGAUGAGACGCUGCAGGGCAUCAUCAAGCGAUUCGAGGAUGAGUAUCCCGAUACUCGCGAGGAUACAGAAGAAGCCGAGGCGUCAUCCCAGCCGGAGGCGGAGGUGCUCUCGUCAUCGCCGCCAACCCUGGAGGACGCCGUGGCAGGCGGAUCGGAUCCCGAAGAUGAGGGCGAGCUUGUGCGGCCCUCGCUGUCACGCUCCAACUCGAUCCUGGGCAAGAAGCUCGACGAGGAAGAGGGACGGGUUCAUCGUGCCGGUCACAGAUUCCGAUUUGCUUUCACCGAGCACAUUGACCUGCUCACGACCCUGCACGACGUGGAAAAGGACCCAAAGCAUGCGCAUUUUCUUUACGAGCUCGCCGAGGAUGUCGGUGGAGAGUUCUUGGAGCUGGCCAAGAAGAAGGGCGCCGUCCAGGCAUUCAAAGAGGACAAGGAUAUCCUGUUCGCGGCCCUGAAAGAGAGCGACCCCGAGUACUGGGAACGUUUCGUCGAAGCGCAGCGCAAGGCACGAGCCAAUAUCACCGUGCCGGCCGCUGAGAAGAAUGAGGAAGGACUACCGCAGGUGCCGGAAGAUGAGAGCGCCAUUGCCGAUUAG